GGACCAGAGUGUACAGCCCCCCGGAAUGGAUCCGCUAUCACCGGUAUCAUGGCAGGUCAGCAGCAGUCUGGUCUCUGGGGGUCCUGCUGUAUGACAUGGUCUGCGGGGAUAUCCCCUUUGAACAUGAUGAGGAGAUUGUUAGGGGCCAGGUCUACUUCCGACAGAGGGUCUCUCCAGAGUACCAGCACCUCAUUAAAUGGUGUCUGGCCUUGAGGCCCUCUGACAGACCAUCCUUUGAAGAUCUUCUAAAUCAUUCUUGGAUGCAAGAUGUCCUCUUGCCACAGAAAACAGCAGAGAUCCACCUGCACAGUCUAAUUCAGGAGUCUGGCAAAUAGCAGCUCCUCUCAUCCAUUGGGUGUAAAAGAGAAAACUCUCACCAGUGACUGUCUGCCUGUUACAUGGGAACAUUCAUAUCUCAUUCCAGAGCUCAGCUAACUGGAGAAUCUUCUGAGAGGCUGGAGGUUACCAUCCAUCCCAGGUGGACUGGUCUUGAACUCGUUAGGUCCUGCCUUACUUGAUGUCUUGCCAGUAGACUUUUUUGAUGUCUUAUGGGCACAUCCAUGAGUGUCCCUGACCUGCUGAGUCCUGGAAUAUGAACUGAGCGAGGACCAGAGAAUUAGCAAGAACGGUUCACUAGGGGAAACUGGCUGUGGAGGGGGAGGGAAGGUACUGAUUUGAAUAGCUGUCUUAUUCACUGUGUCACCGUGUUCUGAGUGCCUUCAGUUGCGAUCUGGGCUGUGCUGGGGGAAAUACUUGAAUCUUCCUACACCUCUGCUUCUCCAAGAUUCACCUGGGUUUAUUUUAUAUUCCCCUUUUUAAGGAACAGGUCAGAAGCAGCCACGGGUGAAACCAAUGCACCCUGGCUAGUUGUUUCCAAGGUAUGCUGUUAGUGGGAACUUUCCUUCCUCAGCUCUUUGCUUUGAGCCUCAGAAGCCAGAGCGUCCUCACAGAUGCACAAACAAUGCAACCCAAUAGAGCUGUAAAUGUGUACCGAAUUAUACAGGAGCGAAGCUUGGUGUACAGAGGAUUGUAGUUUAUAAUGGUAACGUUUUUACUUUUUUGUUUUUAACUUAUUUUCAGGGGUUUGGGUUAUUUUUUGUUUUUUUUUUUAAGGAAAAUGUCCUAACCUGUAGGAUAACUUAUUUAUUUAUUUAUGAAUCAUGUGGGUUCAGGGCCCAUGCCUGGCUUCCAUAGCUGCUGAUCUGGUUUCCAGUUGGGGUCCCCCCUCCCCUGACUGCACUCCCUUCUUAGAAUGCUCUGUUAAUGUCUCACCACUGUGUGGAGUGGCCGACCGCUUCCCAGCUGUCUGUAAAUAGUUCCGGCUGCCGGUGUUCCUCUUCCACGCGUGUGUUCAGUUGUUUUAAAGGCAUUUCCACGGGUAUUUGUCUGGGCUUGGGGGGACGUCAUGUGCGCAUGUGUAUAUAGCACUGGUUUUGCCGAGCUGUCGGGGAAGGUACCCUGGACUCCAACACUGUCAAGCCUGUAUAUGUAAUCAGUGUGUAGUCUGCUGCUUUUGUUAAUAGUUAAUAUUGUACAGGGGAAUUCAGAAAUCCUAUUUUUUUUAUACAUGCGGUUUUAAAUAAAAAUGAAUCACUUGA